AUGUAUUCUCGUUUCGUAUUUCGAUCAAUUCAAGGUUCUACAUCAUCGUUAAUUUUCAAUCGUUUUCUUUCAUUAACUCAAGUACAAUUAUCAGCAGCAGCUAAAUUAAAAGAAAAACCAUCAUCUACAACAAAAUCUGAAAAAUCUGUUGCUAAUACGGAAAAAUUAUCAACUUCACCACCAACAACAACAACGGCUAAUGUAUCAUCAGAAGAUAAAAAACCAAUUCCACCGCCAACAUCAGGCACCAAUGAUCCCAAUAAAACUUAUUCGGAAAGAAUUCAUCGACUUGUUGAUGAAAUAAGUAAAUUAUCAUUAGUUGAUGUUAUGGAUUUGAAUGAAUUAUUAAAAAAAACACUUAAAAUUCAAGAUAUACCAAUCAUGGCAUCCGGAGGAGUUAGUAGUGCAUCAACACCAGCUGCACCUAAGAAAGAAGAAGACGAAGAAGAAAGUGCUCGACCAACAGCACAAUCAGUAUUUAAAGUACGUUUGAUUAAAUUCGAUGAAACAAAGAAAGUCCCGGUUAUCAAACAAGUCAAAGAUGUUGUUGAGAAUAUUAAUCUUGUUCAAGCUAAAAAACUAGUUGAAUCACUUCCUCAAGUUCUUCGCGAUAAUUUAAGCAAAGCUGAUGCUGAAACAAUGAAAGCUAAAAUUGAAGCUGCUGGUGGUGUGUGUGUUGUUGAGCAAAUGGCUCUCACUAAACGUCUUCCACUUGCCACGUUUCUUCAAUUAAGUAGUCGACAUUUAGCUACUCAAACAACACCAACACCUCCAGCAGCCAAUCCACCUAAAGCUCAAGCACCAACACCACCUCCAGCUCCACCUCAAAAAACGAAAUUCGGUCCAUUAAAAGAUGAAGAUCGUAUUUUUACUAAUCUUUAUGGUCGACAUGAUUGGCAUUUAAAAGGAGCUAUAGCUCGAGGUGAUUGGCAUAAAACGAAAGAAAUUGUUCUAAAAGGAUCACCUUGGAUUAUUGAUGAAAUAAAAAAGAGUGGAUUACGUGGUCGAGGUGGUGCUGGUUUUCCAUCCGGUUUAAAAUGGAGUUUCAUGAUUAGACCUCCUGAUGGUCGACCAAAAUAUUUAGUCAUCAAUGCUGAUGAAGGUGAACCUGGAACAUGUAAAGAUCGAGAAAUAAUGCGUCAUGAUCCACAUAAACUUAUCGAAGGUUGUCUUAUUGCUGGUCAUGCUAUGGGUGCACGUGCUGCUUAUAUUUAUAUUCGAGGAGAAUUUUAUAAUGAAGGUUCAAAUGUUCAAACAGCUAUUCAUGAAGCAUAUAAAGCUGGUCUUAUUGGCAAAAAUGCAUGUGGAACUGGUUAUGAUUUUGAUAUAUUUGUUCAUCGUGGUGCCGGUGCUUAUAUUUGUGGUGAAGAAACUGCAUUAAUUGAAUCAUUAGAAGGUAAACAAGGUAAACCACGUUUGAAACCACCAUUUCCAGCUGAUAUUGGUUUAUUUGGUUGUCCAACAACUGUAACAAAUGUUGAAACAGUUGCUGUUGCACCAGAAAUAUGUCGUCGUGGUGCUGAUUGGUUUGCUUCAUUUGGACGUGAACGAAAUCGUGGAACUAAAUUAUUUUGUAUAAGUGGACAUGUGAAUAAACCGGUAACAGUUGAAGAAGAAAUGUCAGUACCAUUAAAAGAACUUAUUGAAAGACAUGCUGGUGGUGUUCGAGGUGGUUGGGAUAACUUAUUAGCAAUUAUUCCUGGUGGAUCAUCUGUACCUUUAAUACCAAAAAAAAUAUGCGAUGAUGUUUUAAUGGAUUUUGAUGCACUUGUUGCUGUGCAAUCAGGUUUAGGUACAGCAGCGGUUAUUGUUAUGGAUAAAUCAACAGAUGUUGUCAAGGCUAUUGCUCGUCUUUCCGAUUUUUAUCAACAUGAAUCAUGUGGACAAUGUACACCAUGCCGUGAAGGAACUGGUUGGCUUGCUAAAAUGAUGAAUCGAUUUGUAACUGGCAAUGCUCGUCCAGCUGAAAUCGAUAUGAUUUGGGAAUUAUCAAAACAAAUUGAAGGACAUACAAUUUGUGCUUUAGGUGAUGCUGCUGCAUGGCCUGUUCAAGGUCUUAUACGACAUUUUCGACCAGAAAUGGAACGUCGUAUGGCUGAAUAUGCUGCCAAAAAUAGUGAUGCAAAGACAAUUAGUACUAGUGCUCAUUGA